AUGAUGAAGAAGAGCAAGCUGAUCACAAAGGCAUGGAAGCAAAUGUCAAGUAGAGUCGCCAAACAUCGAGCCGACGCCGAGAAACCUCAUAUACCAAGCGACGUACCAAAAGGACACCUAGUUGUGUACGUAGGUAAAGAAGAGGAGAGUUACAAGAGGUUCGUGAUCAAGAUUAAGUUGCUUCACGAUCCCAUCAUAAGAGCAUUGCUUGAUCAAUCGAAAGACGAAGUUUACGACGAUUUUACUUCCGGAGAUUCCAAGCUUUGUAUCCCUUGUGACGAAACUCUCUUCCUCGAGGUCCUCCGUUGCGCUUCUCCUAGUUAUUUUUGA